GUGAAAAUGGGCGUGUAACGCGGGACAGGUGAACUGCGUAACGUCCUGACGUAACACGCCGUCCUGUUGGGGACUGAGAGAAUUCCAGCGCGACCACGUUGUGUGUGUGGAAGGAAAACGUUGUGAAUUCGCUUGUUUACUAAUGUUAAACGUAAUCCCUCGAACUGAGAAGAAAAAUGCCGGGAAGCACGUCUGAUUCCGUGUCAGUUUUUCAAACCCAAGUUGCGUCUGUGUUGGAGGUCUUGCUUAACCUUGCAGUGGUGGAAAUAACCAAACUUUUCGAGAACGGUUGUGUUGUGUCUGAGGGCAGCGCUAUUUCGAAUGUGAGGACAAACUCCAAGACGUGUGCGCAGGACGAACUAAGGACACGAGCGGAAUCUUUACUCGGAAAAUUAAAAAAACACAUCCACAGCGCCGGGGUGCAAGUCAGAGUCGGAGGGAAAAGGCGCUCUGAUGGGGAGCAGGCCCUCCCUGCGACGGAGCGCGGGGCUGUGUUUUGGGAGGGCGGAGGACACGCGAACGCCUCCCGCACCGAGGUCCUGGAAGUUGAAGGACAGCAGUCCCGUGCCCUGGAAUGCGAGCUGGCUGGGGUGCCAUCGCCGUCACCCCCCCGGGCAGCAGCAGCGCCCCUCGCUGGUCGGGGUGGGACGGAUGCCGUUGUCCUGGAAACGGGACCGGUGGACUCCAGUGCGGAGGAGGAAGACAGUGCUCUGCUGAACCCAAAGGGCUCUACUGCACCUCACGCACCAGGAGAACUGGUAGCACAACCACCACCUGUGAAAGAACUGGUAACACAGCCCUUACCUGAACCCACACCUGCUGAACUGGGAGGGGAAACUGAACCCAUACCCCUAAACAGGGGUACACAGGAAACACAGCUCAUAUCUGUGAACGAUGGGGGGGUAACAGAACCCACAGCUGUAAAAGAAGCAGGGGUAACUGAACCCGCGGCUGUAAAAGAAGCAGGGGUAACAGAACCCACUCCUCUAAAAGAUGAAGGGGUAACGGGACCCACAGCUGUAAUAGAAGCAAGGCCAAUCAAACCCACAGCUGUAAAAGAAGCAGGCGUUACGGAAUCCACAACUGUGAAAGAAGCAGGUGUUACGGCACCCACAGCUGUAAAAGAAGCAAGGUCAAUCAAACCCACAGCUGUGAAAGAAGCAGGUGUUACGGAACCCACAGCUGUAAAAGAAGCAAGGCCAAUCAAACCCACAGCUGUAAAAGAAGCAAGGUCAAUCAAACCCACAGCUGUGAAAGAAGCAGGUGUUACGGAAUCCACAACUGUGAAAGAAGCAGGUGUUACGGAACCCACAGCUGUAAAAGAAGCAAGGCCAAUCAAACCCACAGUUGUAAAAGAAGCAGGCGUUACGGAAUCCACAGCUGUAAAAGAAGCAGGUGUUACGGCACCCACAGCUGUAAAAGAAGCAAGGUCAAUCAAACCCACAGCUGUAAAAGAAGCAAGGGCAAUCAAACCCACAGCUGUAAAAGAAGCAAGGCCAAUCAAACCCACAGCUGUAAAAGAAGCAAGGGCAAUCAAACCCACAGCUGUAAAAGAAGCAAGGCCAAUCAAACCCACAGCUGUAAAAGAAGCAAGGCCAAUCAAACCCACAGCUGUAAAAGAAGCAAGGCCAGUCAAACCCACAGCUGUAAAAGAAGCAGGCGUUACGGAAUCCACAGCUGUAAAAGAAGGCGUAACAGAAUGUGGGAGGAAACGGGGAGCGGAAGAGGAAGUUGUGUGUCUGGGCUCCCCGCCCUGCAAGACCCCCCGCGCGGAGCUGCCGGCCGAACUCAGCCCCGCGCUGACCACGCCCCGCCUGGCCCCUCCCCUCGCGGGCGGGCCCCUGAGGCCCUGCUCCGUGCAGCUGGUGAACGUGCUGCUGAUCUUCGGCGGCGGCGGGCGGGGCCCGGCGGGGCGCGGCCGGAAGGGCGCGGACCUGCCCAGGGACCUGCGGGCGCACCAGCGGCUGCACACGGGCACGCGGCCCUGCUGCUUCACCGCCUGCGGCAACGGCGUUUGGCGGCUGCAGUCGCGCGCCCCCGCCCCCGCCCACGCCCACGCCUGCACGCUCUGCGGCAAGAAGUUCAAGCGCCGCAAGGUCCUGAAGAGGCACCGGCGCUUCCACACGGGCGAGCGGCCGUACAGCUGCGGCCGGUGCGGCAAGACCUUCGCCCUGCGCAAGAACCUGCGGCGCCACGAGCGCUUCCACACGGGCGAACGGCCGCACCGCUGCGCGCAGUGCGGCAAGCGCUUCCGCCUGCGCCAGAGUCUGAAGAGCCACCAGCGCUUCCACACGGGCGAGCGGCCGUACGGCUGCGGCCAGUGCGCCCGGCGCUUCCGCGUCAUGAGGAACCUGGCCAGGCACCAGGCCACGCACCGGGGCCCGCCGCCCGCCCUCCUGGCCCUGAAGCAGGAGGAACCUGACCGGGCACCGGGCCAGGCGCCGGGGCACGACGCCCCCGCUCCUGGCCCUGAAGCAGGAGGAACCUGACCAGGCACCAGGCCAGGCGCCGGGGCACGCCGCCCCCGCUCCUGGCCCUGAAGCAGGAGGAACCGUAGAGAGACUGCUCUCUGGGUGAUGGGAGAGAAAUCGUAUAGACACUGCUCUCUGUGUGAUGGGAGAGAAACUGUAGAUAGACUGCUCCCUGGGUGAUGGGAGAGAAACCAUAGAGAGACUGCUCUGUGUGAUGGGAGAGAAACCGUAUAGACACUGCUCUCUGUGUGAUCGGAGAGAAACCGUAUAGACACUGCUCUCUGUGUGAUCGGAGAGAAACUGUAGAUAGACUGCUCCCUGGGUGAUGGGAGAGACUGCUCUCUGGGUGGGAGGUAUUGCCCUCACAGAUGAGAACACUACCUCCAACUGAAACCACUGAAUCAUGCCCCGGCUCGUUGUUGUUCAAGUGGCCGAUCAGGGAUCCGACUGGACCUGCUGUCGCGCGCGGAAGCAGAACCCGGUUCACCUGGAACUCAGGAAGCUCCCGCUGUAGUACAAAGGUGACGUUCGUUUCUUUUGUUGUUCUACAAAUACUGUGAAUUUACCAGCCGGUCGGGGCAUUGAAGCAGGGCUGGGGAAAGUCCAGUCCUGGGCAGCUGGUCUACGUUCCAGUUUUUGUUUUAAAACCGAUUUACCUUUUGAUUUUUUUGAUUUUUUUUUUGUGCCUGACAGCUCUCUACCUACCCACCUACACUGGGCGUGACUCCAGCACUUGAGCACGGUAAAAACCUUCACUAUAUUCCUCCAGUUUGCGGCUGUGGUCGGCGCUUACAGAAAUGCGAUUGAGCUAAAUAAAGGUCCGAGCGUCUCGGGUUAAACCAAGGGGGGCCGUCUGAUGCCUUCAGUUGGCUUAAUCCGAACUCCCGCAGAAUUCCGAUUUUGGGAACGGCGAAAGAGCCGUUCUCAGUGGCAGCUAAUGAACGGUGCGAUGUGGUGACUUACGGCCUGAGCUGAGCGAGGGCCCCGAUGACCCCAGCCCCCUCCGUUUGGCUGAAGCCCGAGGGGAAUGCUUAUUUGCGUUACGGUGGGAUUAAUGAGAGCAGGUGAUGAGAGGAUCGUUUCGGUGAGGGUGAGGGUGGAGAUUAACAUCUUGUGCACAAUUCUGUAUUAAAUAUUCACUGUCAACUCUUCAAAUAUUUGCUGUAAAAAAAAAAAAAAUGAAAAAUGAAACCUAAAAAAAAUAAUAAUUAUUCAAUACUUGUUAACCGAUAAUGUGUUUUUUACAAGUGUUUUAAUACUGAUCUCUAGACGUUUAAGUUUUUUCUUUGUAUAAGAUGUGUAUUCUUUUUUUUGUUUUGUUACUACUAUACUUAAUUCAGUCAUACCUGUCUGCACACCUGCUUUCUUCGUCCUCUCACACUUAUACUGUUUGAUUAAUAAAUACCCUGUCUUCUAAC